UACUGCUUUUGUAUUUUGAUACUAUAUUGAAGUUGACAUAUUUUUUGCAGCUAAUUAUGUUCUUCUUUCUUUUGAUCUUCUCUUUUCAAACAAGUAAAAAUGGCAGAAGCGGAUAUUCAUUGCAAUAUAAUACAAUGCAGGAAGCCUCUUUCGAUAGAAAUACAAGCAUGCGUUACUUCUUGUUCACAUAUUUUUUGCUUGGAUUGUUCAAAUAGAAAAUUUACAGAGGCACUUGUUUGUCCUGCAUGUAAUACAAGUCUAGCGGAAAGUGGAGACAUCAUAUUGACACAAUUAAAUCCAAGUGAACAGUAUAAAUCAUCUGUAUUAGCUGGAUUGAAGCCAGAGGUUAUUUUGGAUAUUAGUGGUCGAGCAAUAGCAUUUUAUGAAUAUCAAGUUUCACAAGAGUUAUGCUUUCAAUCUAUGCUGCAAAGCAACAUAGAGGAUAAGCAUAGUUCAUUAAGAGAGCAAUACAAUAUGAUGAAUCGCGAUUUUAAUAAUAUUUUAAAAGGUAAAAAUAACGAUUAG